AUGGGGAACGUGAGUGGAAGAGAAGAUGGAAGCGACAACAGCCAAUCUGGAGUUGAAAGUGGCGGUGCCGUUGGUGGCGCUGCGCCGGAUAGCAUGGCUGAUCAAGAUCCUGCUGGCGGUGAGUUCAUGGGUCAUUCCCCCCCUCCCAGCCCUAGGGCUUCUCACUCUCCUUUGAUGUUCAGACCUCAGAUGCCUUUGGAACCUUUACAAAGACCUGAGGAGAUGAACAUUGCCAGUCCGUGGAUGCAAACUACUUCACGGCACGAAGAUGUUUGUAACGAGCAAGGAAUUCCGACAAUGAUUACGUGGAGCCUUGACGGCAAGGAAGUUGCCGUGGAAGGAUCAUGGGAUGAUUGGAAAACAAGGAAACCCUUGCAAAGAUCAGGAAAAGACUUCACCAUAAUGAAAGUACUUCCUUCGGGAGUUUAUCAAUACAGGUUCAUUGUUGACGGACAAUGGAGGUAUUCUCCUGACUUGCCAUGGGCCCAUGAUGAAUCAGGCAAUGCUUACAACAUUUUGGACUUGCAGGAUUUUGUCCCAGAAGAUAUUGAUAACAUUUCCGGGUUUGAACCACCUCAGUCCCCAGAUGCCAGCUACAACAAUCUGCAACUCGGUCCUGAGGAUUAUGCUAAAGAACCGCCGGUGGUUCCUCCACAUCUACAGUUGACUUUGCUUAAUGCUCCGGCACCUCAAAUGGAGAUUCCACCUCCCUUUUCAAGACCUCAACAUGUAGUGCUCAAUCAUCUCUACAUGCAGAAGGGUAGGGGCAGUCCAUCAGUUGUGGCACUUGGUUCAACUCAUCGGUUCCAUUCCAAAUACGUGACAGUUGUGCUUUACAAGUCCAUAAAGAGGUGA